AUUAGAUUCAGUUCCAUUUGAUUCUCCUUCAUUUCUUCUCUCGCAAAAUCUUCACGAAGACACUAGAAGUGAUGGCAAGAGCACUACUUCUUUUUGCACUCUUCGUGCUCCCGGCGCUUGUUACUGCUGCCCGUCCUACUAGGAACCCUUUCGCGGUGGAAGGGUGCGUAUACUGCGACACAUGCCGCGCCGGUUUCGAGACCCCCAAAACCACUUACAUUGCUGGUGCUACUGUCCGUGUGGAAUGCAAGGACAGGAAAAGUCUCGAUCUUGUCUACAGCAAACAGGGGAAAACAGACUCAACCGGAACAUACAAAAUCUUUGUCACCGAGGACCAUGCGGAUCAGAUUUGUGAUGCUAUGGUUGUUCACAGCCCCCAACAUGACUGCAAAACACCUGCUGCUGGCCGUGACCGUGCCCGCGUUGUCCUAACUCGCAACAACGGGAUUGCCUCGGACAAUCGAUUUGCCAAUGCAAUGGGGUUUGUGAAGGACGAGGCCGUGUCCGGCUGCACUGAGCUUCUCCAACAAUACCAGGAGUUUGACAAUUAGAUCAUUGUGCAAGUCCUUUUAUAUGGUGCCUAAUAUAUGAAGAAUUGCCUUUGAUAUUCAUUAUUAUAUAUGUGUUAAUGCCUGAAUUGUUUUGUUUUAUGUUCUUUAUAGAGACCCAUCAGUGUAAUUUGCUAAUCUAAACCGUGUUGAGCGAAAAACUAACUCUUGCUUAGAGUUAUGGUAACAAUACUUUCA